CAGAGGAGUGAGAGAAGUCUAAGGCAAAGUCCUCGUUUGUGGGCUGGACUGCUGCUCCCUUAUUGGCUACCGCGGCCUUUGAGGGGAUGGGUUCCAUUGGCUGGAAAGAAGAGGAGACGGGACGGGGAGGAUGAGCGCGAGCGUGUUUCUGUCUAUGAGACUGUGUGUGUGUGUGUGUGUGUGUGUGUGUCAGAGAGAGUGUGAGGGAAAGAGUGCGGGUGCGCGCGCGCGGGUGCGCGCCGCCUGGCUAUGAAAAGGCGGGGAGGCAAAAAAAAAAGUAAAGCGAAGGGAGGCAGGCCGGGUCGCGCGCACGCGCGCCUCCGCCGCUCUUUCGCUCUACGCUCCACUCUGGGGCUCCCGUGAGGAGAAGGCGGAGGAGGUGGUGGUGGUGGUGGCGGCGGCGAGGAGUCGCGGCCGGUCCGGCGGCCUGAGGGGACGACGGAGGACGACGAGGAGGCGGCCACGGCUGCCGGAGGAGGAGGUGGUGGAGGAGGAAGAGGAGUGGGGGGGCGCCGUCGACGUCGACGUGGAGCGGCGCUGUGGGGCCUGAGUGACCCCCCCACCCGACCUCUUCCCUCAAUCCCUCCCGCGCGCCCCUCACCACGAGAGACUCAGCUGAGGCGGCGCCCCCCUUAUUCCAGCCCCACACACCUUGCCCAUCCCGCCUGUGGCUUCUUCUCACAGAGAAGGGGGGGGCUGUAGGUGCCGCCGCCGCCGCCAAUCGUGUGUGCCCCCCCUGCCACAACCCCCAAACUCGCCUUUCCUGCCCCCCUCCACCUCUCGUCUUUUUUUAACCGACCGCUCGCCCGCGCUGGGUCAGGCUGUCAAGGCAAGGGCGCCCACCUCAGACCCACCCAGGAAGGCAGUAAUCUGGAUUUAGGAAGGCCGGGGGGGGGGCGGCUGGCUGGCUGAUUUGACUCCCUGGCAUUCGUUCCUGCCUGCUUCCCUUCUCUGUCACCUUCCACGUUCCCACUUUUCUCUCUUUCUCGUCCAUCACACUCGCGCUUCUCCCCCUUCCACGUUCUUUUUCCUUUCUAACACCUGCCCCUUUCUCUCUCCCUUCCGCCUUCUUUACACAUUCCCUUAUUCUGUCUGCUUUCCACCACAUUUUCUUUCUCCAUCUCCCCACACCUUCAGGUUUUUCAGUUCUGGCCCAACCUUUUAAUUAUCUCUCUUAAAAAAAAAGUUUCCUUCCACUUUUUUAUUUAUUCUAUUUAUUUAACAAAUUUUAUAUACUGCUUGAUUGUGAAAAACUUCCACAAUCAGUUUUUAGUCAGUCCCUCCUUUUUCUUUCAGUAGCCCUUUGACAUUUACCCCCCCUUUGGAAAACCCAUAUUUUUUUCUGCAUUCGUUGAUUCGUUCAUUCAUUCAUUCUUCCCACCCCUCAUCUCAACCUCCAUAAUCUUUUUAAUUUAGAGGGGAAAACCCUUCACUUUCACACAUUCAUUCAUUGUUUUCCUUCUUGAUUAUUUCUUAUCUUUUUUCCCAACCACUCACAGAUUUUUUCCUUUAAAAAAAAGAUUUUUAACAUCCUUAAACACUUUUUUCAUCUUUCUAGUGCUUUUUAUGCAUUUAUACUUCUUUUUGCUUCCCAGAGUCUGUUUUUGUUUCUCUGUAGAAAUAGCCUGCUUAGAUUUUUUUCUUCCCACUCAUAUUUUUAAUGCUUUCCCAUCUUUAACAUUUCCUUGCCUCCCCUGUACUUUUUUGUGUCUGUUUUUGCAUCCUCUUCGUUGCAUUUCCCAUCCUUACAGGAAAAAGCUCUCCUUCCUUUCAUCUUCUGUGUUCUUUUCCCUCUUCUUCUUGCUGCCUGGUCACAUUUUUAUUCUUUUCCCUAUAUUUAAAUCUCACUUGUUCCAGGCUUCUUUUAUUUUUUCAUGUUCUUUCCCCUAAUUUCCAUAAUCUGUUGUUUCUCUUAACUGCUUUUUUCUUUUAGCCUUUCCUGAUCGCUUCUCCUUUAGACUCCUUCUCCGUACCUCAUUCUUCUCUAGAUCAUCUCUACUUUCAUUUCCUUCCCUUGUUUUUAAUUUUCUCCCUUCCAAAAAUCCUUGGAACCUGGAACCUUUUAUUCCUUGUUCUUGAUAACUUUUGUUACCUGACUUCUUGCUCCAUGCAUAACAUUUUAAAAAGAAUCUUCUGUAAGCUUCAAUAGUUCUUUUUUAACUCUCUCCCUAUCUGUGCCAUUUGGAUUAUUGUUCACUGACACUUCCUCCCCAACCUUCCAUCUAUUCUUUCAUCACUUUCUUCUUUUCAUCCCUUUAUUAAUUUUUGGACUUAUUUUCAUUUCUCACUUAUAUAACUUUUCUUGAAUUUAUUUAGCCACUUUCAUUGCCCUUUUAGUGGAAGUUGCUCAUAUCUGAGUUUAAUAAUAAAGGUGGAUGGAUGUAUACACAGAAGAAAGACGAGUAGAGUUGUAGAAGGUCUUGAGGAUCUUCCUACCCGUUUUGAAGAGAUAAAUGAAAAGGAUGUGGGAAUGGAAGGGGUGGGCUUGUCAGUACUCCUAACAUUUUUUAGGGGGGUGAAUUCACAUCCUUUUUCUGGGGGGGAGGGGGAUUGACAAAUUUCAAGACUGGCACAGAAAAAGCAGAAGGAUGGCAUUCUAGUACCAAUUACACCAGCCAUCUAGGGGGGACGGGGGUUUAUUGCAUGCUCACACGCACACACAAGCCUCCAUUUUUUCUUGACUUGAUGACGAAAAGGCCUGUUGAGCUCCAUGUUUUUGAAGGUGGGCAACUUGCUUGUGAUAGUGUAGUGAACUUCAUUUUUGUGGCCAAAUGACAGCUUGACCCAGUUGUUAUUCCAAUCAGAGGGCAUCAUCUUGAAUGUCUCUUUGUAGUGCCACAGCCAAUGCAAAAAUGAUGGCGGCUUACAAUGGCGGUACAUCUGCAGCAGCAGCAGGUCACCACCACCACCACCAUCACCACCUUCCUCAUCUCCCCCCUCCUCAUCUCCAUCACCACCACCACACACAACACCACUUGCACCCAGGCUCUGCAGCUGCGGUACAUCCCGUACAGCAACAUGCAUCUUCAGCUGCGGCGGCCGCAGCUGCCGCAGCUGCUGCAGCCAUGUUAAACCCAGGGCAGCAGCAGCCAUAUUUUCCAUCACCGGCACCAGGUCAAGCCCCAGGACCAGCAGCAGCAGCCCCAGCUCAGGUACAAGCUGCAGCAGCCGCUGCAGUUAAAGCGCACCAUCAUCAGCACUCCCAUCAUCCACAACAGCAACUGGAUAUUGAACCAGACAGGCCUAUUGGAUAUGGAGCCUUUGGUGUUGUCUGGUCAGUAACAGAUCCGCGAGAUGGAAAGAGAGUUGCACUCAAAAAGAUGCCCAACGUCUUCCAAAAUCUGGUCUCUUGCAAAAGGGUCUUCCGUGAAUUGAAGAUGUUGUGUUUUUUUAAGCAUGACAAUGUACUCUCUGCUCUCGACAUACUCCAGCCACCACACAUUGACUACUUUGAAGAAAUAUAUGUUGUUACAGAAUUGAUGCAGAGCGACCUCCACAAGAUUAUUGUCUCUCCUCAGCCACUCAGCUCGGAUCAUGUAAAGGUUUUUCUUUACCAGAUUUUGAGAGGUCUGAAAUACUUACAUUCGGCUGGUAUUUUGCAUCGAGACAUUAAACCAGGGAACCUACUUGUGAACAGCAACUGUGUUCUUAAGAUCUGUGAUUUUGGCUUGGCCAGGGUGGAAGAAUUAGAUGAAUCUCGUCACAUGACUCAGGAAGUUGUCACUCAGUAUUAUCGAGCUCCGGAAAUCCUGAUGGGCAGCCGUCACUACAGCAAUGCUAUCGACAUCUGGUCCGUAGGCUGUAUAUUUGCAGAACUGCUAGGACGAAGGAUAUUAUUUCAAGCGCAAAGUCCCAUUCAGCAGUUGGAUUUGAUCACAGAUCUCCUGGGAACACCGUCACUGGAAGCAAUGAGGACGGCUUGUGAAGGCGCCAAGGCUCACAUACUCAGGGGUCCUCAUAAACAGCCAUCCCUUCCUGUCCUGUACACAUUAUCCAGCCAAGCUACACACGAAGCUGUUCAUCUCCUUUGUAGGAUGUUGGUCUUUGAUCCAUCCAAAAGAAUCUCCGCUAAGGAUGCCUUAGCUCAUCCAUAUCUUGACGAAGGGCGUUUGCGAUAUCAUACCUGUAUGUGUAAAUGUUGUUUUUCCACCUCUACUGGAAGAGUUUACACCAGUGAUUUUGAACCCAUCACAAAUCCCAAAUUUGAUGAUACUUUUGAAAAGAACCUCAGUUCGGUUCGGCAGGUUAAAGAAAUAAUUCAUCAGUUCAUUUUGGAACAGCAGAAAGGAAACCGAGUGCCUCUGUGCAUCAACCCGCAAUCUGCUGCUUUUAAGAGCUUUAUUAGUUCCACUGUUGCUCAGCCGUCUGAGAUGCCACCAUCUCCACUGGUCUGGGAGUAAACGUGGAAGAUGUACUACUGAAGACAAAAUGUAGCUUUCCACUGGAUUCUGGGAUUUGCAAUUAUGGACAUUUAAUCAUGCUUGUACUGUAAUUUUACUAAUGAAGUUUUAAAUUAACAACCACUAUCCUUGUAUGAUAUAUGAAUAAGACUUAGAAAUGUUAACUAGGCUUUUAAAAUUCCUGUCACGGGUGGGGUUGUGCUUUUAGAAGAAAAAUAUUUUAUCCAGAGUUGCACACGUUUGGAUUUUUUUUAUAUGAAUUGUAGUGCAGCUGUAAUCUUGCUUGGCUCUGAACAAACAGAGGAUUGAACCAAAUUGGUGGGAAAGUGUUGUUGUUUUUUAAGGGGGGGGGGCUUUUUUCUUUUUCUUUUCCUUUGUCUUCAAUUUAAAGUUGAUAAGCAGUUUUGAUAUUGAGCCAUUCCUAAGAUUUGAGAUUUUUCUAAAAAAAAGAAAAGAAAAGAAAAAGUUAGGGAAUACACAAUUAAAAUCUGUGACCAAUCAUGAAGCCCAAUCAGUGGCAACAACCUGUCUUCCAUGGGCAGCGUUGCCUGGUGGGUCUGCAGAACCAUAUAUAUAGCUUUCUCACUAGCGCUGUGGUGAUGAUUGUGUGCUCUGUUUUCCAAUCAGAUGUUGUGAGGAGAGAGAAUGAGUUGUGACUAGGAGAGAUGAGACCUUCCCCCCCUUUUUAACCCUUCCUCCCCGGUAUAAAUAAAUAUAUAUAAAUAUAUAUAUUUAAUCUAUUUUUAUUAGAAGUUUUUUCUGCUCUUUUCUUACAUAAUCCACCCCCUUUUUACCCCCUCCAAAGCAUGCAUCUGCAAAUGUUUGUGUAAAUAAUUCCAGUUCUGGGCUAAUGUCAAAGAGUCUUGAUAUCCAUUGCUGUGUAUAGAGAGAGAGAGUGUGUGAGAGAGCGCACAAGAGAGGAAGUAGCUUGCACAUUUUUAGGUCUGUGAAAUAGUGGUGUGUGUUUUUUUAAAAUCCUGCACUGGACAGAAAUGAAAAGUGUGUGUGGGGGGGGAAGCACAUAGGGAAUUAUGUUAAUUGUAUUUGUGUCCUUAGGCAAAGCUGUGGAAGUCUUGAAAUGUCACAGUAGUAAAUAACUUAUUAUUUACAGUAGUAAAUAACUUUUAUUACUUUUUGGCUAACUUUUUUGUGUGUGUUCUGUUCAAACACUGAAUUAUUCUGUGCAUAUGUAUAUAUAUAUAUGAACACAAACUGAAAGGCCUCUACCUCCUGGAGUAUACAACUUGGUUUGUUUAUCUCCACCUGAUUUUUUUUUUUAAGUUCAGUGUGGAGACUUGAAACUUGAAUGUCCCUUCCAACUUUUAUAUUUUAAAAAAGGCAAGAAAAAUUGAAGAGUGUUUUUCACCUGUACAAAUAACGAAUGGAUGGUCUUAAAUUUUGAACAUUGGUCUGGGAUAUUAAGAGAGAGAGAGAGAGAGAACCCUUGGUGUUUGUCAUGGACAAUUAACUGUUAAAAGUUAUUGUAAGUUAUCUGUAUUUAGCAGAGUAUUUUCAAGAAGAGUGAUCUGAGCUGGAACUGAAUACUAUUAGUUUAAGUUAUGUUUUUGGAAGUUUUAACUUCAAUGAAGUAAUUAUUUUGCUGUGAAAGAGACAUACAUUGAAUUUUUCAAACAAAGAUGAUGAAAUAUCUUUGUUUUUUAUGCGGCUCCUGAGGAUUUGAAACAACAACAACAAAACCAACUGAAGCAUUUCAAUUCACUUGAAUGAGAAAACAUGUUUUAACUUAAUAUGAGCCCAAGAAGACACUGGUAUGAAAGGUAAAAUCUCAGAGGUUGGUCUGUUAAAUGUGGCACACUUGCGGGUCACUUUGUAAAAUGUAGAUUUUGAAGUACAGUGGUGGAAACAUUAAAUGUGAUAUUUGAA